CCGUCGAGCUGCCUUUUCUAGUUGGCGGCUCCUCUGGGCUGCGUCCAGGGCGGGGGGUGGGGAAAAAUGGCGCCGGCGCCCCAAGGCGUCCGGGAGGAGCCGCUGCUGGAGUGUAGGUCCGGACUGCUUUCCCGGCUGCUCUUCCUCGCCCAGGCAGUCCUCCUCCUGCUGCCGGCCGCCCGGGCAGGCCUCUGCCCCGCGCCCUGCUCCUGCCGCAUCCCUCUGUUGGAUUGCAGUCGCAGGAAACUGCCAGCGCCCACCUGGAGGGCGCUGUCGAGCUCACUGCCCCCCGACGCCGUCAGCCUGGAUUUGAGUCAUAAUCGGUUGUCUAACUGGAACAUAAGCUUGGAAUCUCAAACAUUACAAGAAGUGAAAAUGAAUUAUAAUGAGCUAACUGAAAUCCCAUAUUUUGGAGAACCAACCACUAAUAUUACUCUUCUCUCAUUAGUCCAUAAUAUAAUCCCAGAAAUAAAUGCAGAAGCGUUCCAGUUUUACCCUGCUCUCGAGAGUUUAGAUCUCAGCUCAAAUAUAAUAUCAGAAGUCAAGACAUCUUCAUUUCCUCGAAUGCAGCUUAAAUACCUGAAUUUGAGCAAUAAUAGGAUAACCAUCUUGGAGGCUGGUUGCUUCGAUAAUUUGUCAAGUUCCUUAUUAGUGGUAAAGUUAAACAGGAACAGAAUUAGCAUGAUUCCACCCAAGAUCUUCAAGCUACCUCACCUCCAAUUCUUGGAACUUAAAAGAAACAGGAUUAAAGUUGUGGAAGGUCUCACAUUCCAAGGUCUAGACUCCUUAAGAUCUUUGAAAAUGCAGCGGAAUGGAAUUAGCAAACUCAAGGAUGGAGCUUUUUUUGGCUUGGAUAACAUGGAAGAAUUAGAACUGGAGCAUAAUAACCUUACAGAAGUGAACAAGGGGUGGUUGUACGGCUUGCGAAUGUUACAACAGCUCUAUGUGAGCCAGAAUGCUGUUGAAAGAAUCAGCCCUGAUGCAUGGGAGUUCUGCCAAAGACUGUCUGAACUUGAUUUGUCCUAUAACCAGUUGACCCGCCUGGAUGAAUCUGCUUUUGUGGGUCUGAGCUUACUGGAGAGAUUGAACUUAGGGGACAACAGAGUCACUCACAUUGCUGAUGGUGUAUUUAGGUUUCUUUCCAAUCUUCAGACACUAAACUUAAGAAACAAUGAAAUUUCAUGGGCCAUAGAAGAUGCUAGUGAAGCCUUUGCUGGACUCACAAGUCUCACUAAAUUAAUCUUACAAGGAAAUCAGAUUAAGUCAAUUACAAAGAAAGCAUUCAUUGGUCUUGAAUCCCUUGAGCAUCUAGAUUUGAACAACAAUGCUAUAAUGUCUAUCCAAGAAAAUGCUUUUUCCCAGACUCGCUUGAAAGAACUAAUUCUGAACACAAGCAGUUUGCUCUGUGACUGCCAUUUGAAGUGGUUGCUUCAGUGGCUGGUUGAUAAUAAAUUUCAACAUUCUGUGAAUGUAAGCUGUGCACACCCUGAAUGGCUAGCAGGGCAAAGCAUCUUGAAUGUGGAUCUGAAAGAUUUUGUCUGUGAUGAUUUUCUCAAGCCGCAGAUAAGAGCCCAUCCUGAAACCACAGUUGCUCUAAGAAGCAUGAACGUGACUCUGACAUGCACUGCAGUGAGCAGCAGUGAUUCACCCAUGUCUACUUUGUGGCGCAAAGACAGUGAAAUCUUGUAUGAUGCCGAUAUUGAGAAUUUUGUUCAUUAUCAGCAACAAGCUGGAGAAGCUCUGGAAUAUACUAGUGUCUUACAUCUUUUCAAUGUAAAUUUUACAGAUGAAGGAAAAUAUCAGUGUAUUAUUACUAAUCACUUUGGUUCUAACUAUUCUCAUAAAGCCAAACUGACUGUGAAUGAGAUGCCAUCUUUUCUGAAAACUCCAAUGGAUCUAACUAUUCGCACUGGUGCCAUGGCCAGAUUAGAAUGUGCUGCAGAGGGGCACCCUGCACCUCAGAUUUCCUGGCAGAAAGAUGGUGGUACUGACUUUCCUGCGGCUCGAGAGAGACGCAUGCAUGUCAUGCCUGAGGAUGAUGUCUUCUUCAUCGCAAAUGUGAAAAUAGAAGACAUGGGGAUCUAUAGCUGCAUGGCACAGAACAUAGCAGGCGGCCUCUCAGCAAAUGCUUCAUUAAUCGUGUUAGAGACACCCUCAUUUAUUAGACCUCUGGAGGACAAGACAGUAACCCGAGGUGAAACGGCAGUAUUACAGUGCAUAGCUGGAGGGAGUCCUGCCCCUCGCCUCAACUGGACCAAAGAUGAUGGACCACUGCUGGUGACAGAACGGCACUUCUUUGCUGCAGCCAACCAGCUUCUCAUCAUUGUAGAUGCUGGGCUAGAAGAUGCUGGGAAAUAUACCUGCAUUAUGUCCAACACCCUUGGGACAGAACGUGGUCACAUUUACCUAAAUGUGAUUUCAACCCCCAACUGUGACUCUUCCCAGAGUAGCAUUGGGCAUGAAGACGAUGGGUGGACCACAGUUGGUAUUGUCAUCAUUGUUGUGGUCUGCUGUGUUGUGGGUACCUCUUUGAUCUGGGUCAUUGUUAUUUACCACAUGAGAAGGAAAAAUGAAGACUAUAGUAUCACGAACACAGACGAGCUCAAUCUGCCUGCAGACAUUCCCAGCUACCUGUCUUCCCAAGGAACACUGUCUGAGCCACAGGAAGGCUACAGCAACUCUGAGGCAGGCAGUCAUCAGCAACUUAUGCCUCCUGCCAAUGGAUAUUUACACAAAGGCGCUGAUGGUGGCACUGGCACCAGGGUUAUCUGCUCGGAUUGUUAUGACAAUGCUAACAUCUACUCCCGGACCCGAGAAUACUGUCCAUACACCUAUAUUGCUGAAGAGGAUGUUCUAGAUCAGACACUGUCCAGCCUUAUGGUCCAGGUGCCCAAAGAGACUUAUUUGGCACAUCUUCCCCAAGAUGCCACCACCCUGGAGAGCCUGGUAUCAGCAGCAGAUAGAGAGAUGUCUGCCUUUCCCACCAACCAUGAGAGGAUAAAUGAGAAGAAACUUUCCUCCACACAGAAGAACAGUGAACCCUUGCAGCGGCCUCUGUGGAACAUAAGCAAAGAACCAGGUAUGCCUCAUCCUCCUUUAUCGCAACAGUCAGUCUUUGAGUCACCACAACUCCAUCAAAACGAGGGCCUGGCAGAGAGUGAUCCAGACUGUUCCACUUCCCCCAUGCCCUGUCACAGGUUACACGACCACACUUUUGAUUUUAGCAGGACUCGGAACAUUCAAGAUGGCAGUGAGGGCACAUGAAACUCACUCCAGAAUGAAAUCUGGGCAGACUCAAAUUAGUUGAUUUUGUAUUUACUACCUCAGAGUUCGGAAGAAACCCCAAAGUCAGCAUUUGUUUUGCUCUUUGUCUACAAUUACAUCUGACCACAUCAAGGGGGGCCAGACAUUUGUUUGGGCUUAUACUUGAUGAAGAAAGGGUAAUGGCUGACAGAAAUGGGUACAUCUAAUAGAAAAUGUGCAACACAGGCAGAGGAAGAUAGAGAACAGAGUGCUGUCUUAUGGUUCUACUGGGAUGUGCCUAAGUGCUCAUGGCCUGUUAGGGAGAGUCUCAUUGCUGCUUAACACCCUGGAUUGUCUCAACCUACAGAAUGAUCCUGAGUAAACAACGCUGUUCUAUUUUGCCUUCCAAGGAACAAAAAUAACUUUGGAGCCCCCCGGGAAGUGUGCCGGGGAUUCUGCAGUGGUUUUAAUCCUAUAGUUGAGAGUGGGGCUUUGAUAU